AUGGGCGAUAUGAACGAUAUGCGAUAUAAACGAUACAAAAUUGGCCUACGAUAGAGAUUUUUAUUCUAUUGCACUAUCGCGAUAAAGCACGUUGAUGACGCAAUCUACCCGCGAAAUUUAGAGCCGCGAGCUGCAGCGCAUCAUUAUAGUCGUCAUCUUGAAUCAACAUGGCUGAAAGCGUCGGCGAAACAGAGGAGCUCGUUAAAAAGACAGGUGCAACCUCUAUUAUUUGGAAUUGGUUCGGAUUUAAGCCGUCCGACGAGCAGCAGCAAAAUAUUCUCUGUAAAAUGUGUCGGGCAAAAGUAUCAGCUAAGAGAGGUAACACCACUAAUCUGUUUUACCACCUAAAAACCAAGCAUGCAGUUGAAUACCAGCAUUGCCAAGCAAUGCAGCAGACCGCAAAAUCCAGUACGAAGAACGCAGGACAGAAAAAACAGGAACUGGUCCAAACCUCAAUCCAACAAUCGUUUUUAAAAGGUACUCCUUAUAUGAGAAAGAGCCCGCGAUGGAUUGAGAUUACCAGGGCUAUAACUGUUUACUUAUGUAAGGACAUGGUCCCUUUUCAAACGGUGGAGAGACGCGGCUUUAAAGCUAUGAUCAAUGCUAUUGAUCCACGAUAUGAGGUGCCAAGCCGCAAAUACUUUACAGAAACAGAGAUGCCAAAAUUGUAUUCCGAGCUCCGCGAAAAUGUUGAAAAAGAGCUGCGUGUCUUGAAAUUCUUUGCUACUACAACAGACCUGUGGUCGAGCCGUACCAUGGAGCCUUUCCUCAGUCUGACCAUUCAUUAUAUUACGGAUGAUUGGAAACUUGGUAGCCGGUGUUUGCAGACGUCGUACUUCCCCGCUGAACAUACAGCCGAAGAGAUAGCACAAGGACUCAAGGAAGCGCUUGAGUCAUGGGGUUUAAAAGAAGAAAGCCAAGUUUGCAUAACUACUGACAAUGGAACGAACGUGGUCAAGGCAGCGUUUUUGAAUGACUGGACCAGGCUGCAAUGCUUUGGACACAGGCUGCACCUUGCCAUCGAAAAAAGUGUGAAAGACCCCCGAAUUGACCGCGCUGUUGGCGUAUGCAAGAAGAUUGUAAGUGCCUUUUCAUACUCUUGGAAAAGGAGAAAAGAGUUAAAGAAAGCCCAGGCAGAGCACCAUCUUCCCUUUCAUCGGCUCAUCACAGAAACACCAACAAGGUGGGGGUCACGCCAGAUGAUGAUCCAGAGGGUGCUUGAACAAGAGAAGGCCCUAUCACAGGUACUGAAAGCAGACAGGAAAACCAAACACCUGGUACCCACUUGGCAAGAUACAGAUGUCUUGGAAUCUAUCAGUCGGACCCUCGGCCCACUGCUGGAAUUCACAGACGCGCUGUCUGGAGAAGAUUAUGUCAGUGUGUCGUACAUAAAACCUGUUCUCCAUCUUUUCAACAACACUGUUCUUGCUGCAGCUGAUGAUGACACAGAGCUGACCAAAGACAUGAAAAGAGUCAUCCUAGAGUACUUAAACGAGAAGUAUUCUGACCCAAAAACGGUUGACCUGCUGGAUAUGGCCUCCUUGGUUGACCCACGGUUUAAAGAUGCAUAUAUAGCUGAUGACCGCCAGGAGUUCAUUAAGACCAGAGCAGUAGCGGAAAUUCUGUCACUGUUGGAGGUGCAAGCUGCAACGGUCAGAGAACCACUGCCACACACAAGCACAGAAGCUGCAGCGGAUGGUGCUGAAGCUGCUGAAGUAGCUGUUGAGAGGCAAUCAAAGAAGGUAAAACGGAGCCUGGGAAGCUUUUUUAAAAAGGCCUCCUCCGAUGGCACAGCUGCUCUUGCUGAUAGUAAGGCCAUCGAAGUGGAGCUAAAAAGUUACCUGCAGACAAUGCAGGUUGAUGGAGAGACUGAACCUCUGGACUGGUGGCGGCUGCACCAAGUUAAUUUUCCAAGGGUGGCUAGAUUGGCCCAGAAAUAUCUCUGUAUCCCGGCCACAAGUGCUCCUUCGGAAAGGGCGUUUAGCUUUGGUGGCAACAUUGUCACAUGCCACCGGUCUCUGUUGAAGCCAGAGACUGUGGACAAGCUUGUGUUCCUGGCUAAUAAUCUUUAGGGCCUAAAAAAUGAAAAGUGGUGUACUGUGUAUUAAACAAAAUUUCAGUGAGUGCCUGAUUUUAGGAUUUGUUCUUGUGUUGCUGUUUAACUGAGAAGACACCAGAGAGUUUUUAUGUUCUUUGCAUAUUUUGUGUCCUUUAAGAAAAUAACUAAAACUACAUUUGCACUGUACUGUAUAUAUGGCAUGGCACUACUGUAAAGAAACUUUUAUACUUAAAACAUUUUCUUUAGUUGACGUAUAUGUCCCUUAUACUGGAAGUAUUUUAUUUAUUUAUUUUGUGCUUUCGGGCACUUUUGUGCUUUUGGCGUGUGCACUACACUUGGAAGGAUUUUCUUUAUUUAAAAUAGCCAUGCCUAAUACUGGAUGUAUCUUAAUUCACAGUGUCUGUUCCUUUAUUAACAAGAAGACACCAGUUUUAAUUUAAUUACCAAAUGCGUUACCUUA